AGCCCGGCGGCGGGGGCAUCGCGCACCUUCCUCACCCCCCUCACUUGCCCACCCCUCCCGGGAGAUCGAGAGGAAACGGUCUCUGGACUGUCAGGAGGACCAUUGGUGCUGCAGUGGAAGCCAGCGGCUAAGUCUCGUGUAUGGCGUGGUUAAGGUUGCAGCCUCUUACCUCUGCCUUCCUCCAUUUUGGGCUGAUUACCUUUGUGCUCUUCCUGAAUGGUCUUCGGGCGGAGGCUGGCGGCUCAGGAGAUGUGCCCAGCACAGGGCAGAACAAUGAGUCCUGUACAGGAUCAUCGGACUGCAAGGAGGGUGUCAUCCUGCCAAUCUGGUACCCGGAGAACCCUUCCCUUGGAGACAAGAUUGCCAGGGUCAUUGUCUAUUUUGUGGCCCUGAUAUACAUGUUUCUCGGGGUGUCCAUCAUUGCUGAUCGCUUCAUGGCAUCUAUUGAAGUCAUCACUUCUCAAGAGAGAGAGGUGACUAUCAAAAAGCCCAAUGGAGAGACCAGCACAACCACGAUUAGGGUCUGGAACGAAACUGUCUCCAAUCUGACCCUUAUGGCCCUGGGUUCCUCUGCUCCUGAGAUCCUCCUCUCUUUAAUUGAGGUGUGUGGUCAUGGGUUCAUUGCUGGUGAUCUGGGACCUUCUACCAUUGUAGGCAGCGCAGCCUUCAACAUGUUCAUUAUCAUUGGUAUCUGCGUCUACGUGAUCCCUGAUGGAGAGACUCGCAAGAUAAAGCACCUCCGAGUCUUCUUUGUCACUGCUGCUUGGAGCAUCUUUGCCUACAUCUGGCUCUAUAUGAUCCUGGCUGUCUUCUCUCCUGGUGUGGUCCAGGUUUGGGAAGGCCUCCUCACUCUCUUCUUCUUUCCAGUGUGUGUCCUUCUGGCCUGGGUGGCAGAUAGGCGACUGCUCUUCUACCAAUACAUGCACAAAAAGUACCGCACAGAUAAACACAGAGGAAUCAUCAUAGAGACAGAGGGUGACCACCCCAAAGGCAUCGAGAUGGAUGGGAAAAUGAUGAAUUCCCACUUCCUAGAUGGGCAUCUGGUGCCCCUGGAAGGGAAGGAAGUGGAUGAGUCCCGCAGGGAGAUGAUCCGGAUUCUCAAGGAUCUGAAGCAAAAACACCCAGAGAAGGACUUAGAUCAGCUGGUAGAGAUGGCCAAUUACUAUGCCCUCUCCCAUCAACAGAAGAGCCGCGCCUUCUACCGGAUCCAGGCCACCCGUAUGAUGACUGGCGCAGGCAAUAUCCUGAAGAAGCAUGCAGCAGAACAAGCCAAAAAGGCCUCUAGCAUGAGCGAGGUGCACACUGAUGAGCCGGAGGACUUUGUCUCCAAGGUCUUCUUUGACCCGUGCUCUUACCAGUGCCUGGAGAACUGUGGGGCUGUGCUCCUGACAGUGGUGAGGAAAGGGGGGGACAUGUCCAAGACCCUGUAUGUGGACUACAAAACAGAGGAUGGUUCUGCCAAUGCGGGGGCUGACUAUGAGUUCACAGAGGGCACUGUGGUUCUGAAGCCAGGAGACACCCAGAAGGAGUUCUCUGUGGGCAUCAUUGAUGAUGACAUUUUUGAGGAGGAUGAACACUUCUUUGUGAGGUUGAGCAACGUUCGCAUAGCGGAGGAGCAGCCAGAGGAGGGGACGCCUCCCAGAGCACUCAAUAGUCUUCCCUUGCCUCGGGCUGUCCUGGUGUCCCCUUGUGUGGCCACAGUCACCAUCUUGGAUGAUGACCAUGCGGGCAUCUUCACUUUUGAAUGUGACACUAUUCAUGUCAGUGAAAGUAUUGGUGUCAUGGAGGUCAAGGUUCUGCGGACAUCAGGUGCCCGGGGCACAGUCAUCGUCCCCUUUAGGACAGUAGAAGGGACCGCCAAGGGUGGUGGUGAGGAUUUUGAAGACACAUAUGGGGAGUUGGAGUUCAAGAAUGAUGAAACUGUGAAAACCGUAAGGGUUAAAAUAGUAGAUGAGGAGGAAUACGAAAGGCAAGAGAAUUUCUUCAUUGUCCUUGGUGAACCGAAAUGGAUGGAACGUGGACUAUCAGAGGUGACAGACAGGAAGCUGACUGUGGAGGAAGAGGAAGCCAAGAGGAUAGCAGAAAUGGGAAAGCCAAUAUUGGGUGAACACCCCAAACUAGAGGUCAUCAUUGAAGAGUCCUAUGAGUUCAAGACUACCGUGGACAAGCUGAUCAGGAAGACAAACCUGGCCUUGGUUGUGGGGACCCAUUCCUGGAGGGACCAGUUCAUGGAGGCCAUCACUGUCAGUGCAGCCGGGGACGAGGAUGAGGAUGAGUCAGGUGAGGAGAGGCUGCCCUCCUGCUUUGACUACGUCAUGCACUUCCUGACGGUCUUCUGGAAGGUGCUGUUUGCCUGCGUGCCCCCCACAGAGUAUUGCCAUGGCUGGGCCUGCUUCGUCGUCUCCAUUCUCAUCAUCGGCAUGCUCACAGCCAUCAUCGGGGACCUGGCCUCCCACUUCGGCUGCACCAUUGGCCUCAAGGACUCGGUCACGGCUGUUGUUUUUGUGGCGUUUGGCACCUCUGUGCCAGAUAUGUUUGCCAGCAAAGCAGCCGCCAUCCAGGACGUGUACGCAGAUGCCUCCAUUGGCAACGUCACGGGCAGCAACGCCGUCAACGUCUUCCUGGGCAUUGGCCUGGCCUGGACCGUGGCCGCCAUCUACUGGGCCCUGCAGGGACAGGAGUUCCACGUGUCAGAGGGCACGCUGGCCUUCUCUGUCACCCUCUUCACCAUCUUUGCGUUUGUGUGCAUCAGCGUGCUCUUGUACCGCCGGCGGCCCCACCUGGGCGGGGAGCUGGGCGGCCCUCGUGGCUGCAAGCUGGCCACGACUUGGCUCUUUGUGAGCCUGUGGCUUCUCUACAUACUCUUUGCCACGCUGGAAGCCUACUGCUACAUCAAGGGGUUCUGAGCCGCAGCAGCCCUGGAGAGGCAGCAUCAGGACCCGAGCCCCAGGAACUUCACCCGACUAGGCCCUGGCAGUGGACUGAAAGGGCGGAGUCUUAAUCAAUCCAACAGAAUGGAGGAAAUACCCAUUUUACAAAGUAUUUAAUUCAAUAUAAACCAACAACAGCGACAAAUCCAACUCCAGCCCAUCUUCCCGCCAUGUCCCUGACCCAUAACAAAGUCAGACCCUUCGCCACCUUCUGUCCCACCUUUUGAUUAUUCCUUUGCUUCUACUUUCCUCGGGGGCAGGGUUUCUCCUGUCUGUCCAGUUGGAUACAUCACCGUUCUCUCACUCCACUGGCGAGGCUUGAAAAUGAGUCCUAUCCACGUGGCUGGCUCGGGGUUCUCUUUUCAUUGCCAUCAUUAUCGUGGUGGCUUUCAUUUUCCCAUCAGGUUUUG